UGGGCUGGGCAUGACGGGCCUCUCUGCCUCCCGCAGCCUCGGACCUGCCGAAGGAGCUGCUGCCGGGGCCCUACCCGAGGACGGCGGAGGAGCGGGCGGCGGCGGCGCGCAAGUACAACCUCCGCGUGGAGGACUACGAGCCCUACCCGGACGACGGCAUGGGUUACGGUGAUUAUCCCAAGCUUCCAGACCGAUCGCAACAGGAGAGAGAUCCCUAUUACAGCUGGGACCAGACCGAUCUGAGACGUAACCAUGGGGAACUGGUGCACUGGGAUUUUGACAUGUUCCUCCGCUCCCGGGUUGACACCACCCCCACAAAGUUCCCUUGGCAUAAGAUGCGCAACACUCUCUUGGGCUUUGUGGGCUUCAUGUUCUGCAUGUUUGUCCUUGGGGAGAUGUAUCCAUCGUAUCAGCCUGUGGGCCCUAAGCAGUAUCCCUACAAUAAUCUGUAUCUGGAAUACGGCGGAGAUCCCACCCAAGAGCCACCGGAGGUGAAGCACUACGAGAUCUGAGGGCUGCUGUCUCCGGCUUUCCUGCAGCGUCACAUUGUUAUAUUUGCUGUCUGAAAACGUUAAAAGAAAAAAAGGCA